GGUGUUUUAAAAGCGCGUCAUUCGUCUAUUUCCGGGUUCGACCUCCAUGCUGCCUGCGAGGUCUUCCUAUAUAUUUUUACUGCCCCUUCUGCUGUAGGACCUCUGGAAACUUGCGUCAGCCGCCACUGCUUUGCAGAACAAUGGGGAUACAACUUUCAUGGAAGUAAAGAGUUUGUGGAUAUAUUCCGUGAAGGACGUCAUCCGGGUGCAUGUUUUACGAAAGAGAGCCGGGUUGACAUUAACGUCCAGUGUGCUGCUGCCAUCAAGUUGUCCGUGCGAAUGUUCACGCUGAGCAAAGUGCAAGGUCCUCUCCGAGUUGAGAUAUGAACCGCGACUCUCUCUAAACUGUUGAACUUUUUAGUUAGCGUUCACUUUUGACUCAUUAGUUAGUUUUACUCUACUUUUUUUUGGCACCGAGAAUGGCUUGUCUUAUCCUGGGAGCUAUACGAAGAAGGGGGGCCGUCGGGGUCCGGUCCCUGUCCUCCAUCCCCUCUUUGCCCCCUGCCGUGGCAGAAUAUGUCAAGAGUGCGGCGGACGAGUGCAAGCCCAGCGGUAUCCACGUGGUGACGGGGAUGCCGGAAGAGACGGCUACCAUCUUGGCAGGCAUGGAGAAGGAAGGGAUGGUCAAGAGGCUUCCUAAAUAUGACAAUUGUUGGUUGGCGCGCACGGACCCGAAGGAUGUGGCCCGAGUGGAGAGCAAGACGGUGAUCGUGACCAAGAACCACAGGGACACCAUCCCGAUUCCUGCCGGAGGGGUGAAGAGCCAAUUGGGCAGCUGGAUGAGCGAGUCGGACUGGCAGAGGGCAAGAGAAGAGCGCUUCCCAGGAUGCAUGGCGGGUCGCACCAUGUAUGUCAUUCCUUUCAGUAUGGGUCCAGUGGGUUCCACUCUUGCCAAGUAUGGCGUCCAGGUGACGGACUCGCCAUAUGUUGUGGCCAGUAUGGGCAUCAUGACCCGUAUGGGCACACCUGUUCUCAAUAAGCUGGCGGAAGGAGAGGAGUUUGUCCGUUGUCAGCACUCUUUGGGACGACCUCUUCCCCUGAAAGCCCCUCUCGUCAACGCAUGGCCCUGCAAUCCGGAUAAAGUUCUGAUCUCCCACCUGCCCAACACCCGGCAGAUCCUGUCAUUCGGCAGCGGCUACGGGGGAAACUCCUUGCUGGGGAAGAAGUGCUUCGCCCUGCGCAUUGCCUCCCGCAUUGCCAAGGAUGAAGGCUGGCUGGCAGAGCACAUGCUGAUCCUGGGCAUCACCAACCCUCAAGGAGUGAAACGUUACGUAGCGGCGGCGUUCCCUAGCGCCUGUGGGAAAACCAACCUGGCCAUGAUGAAGCCAUCUCUGCCGGGCUGGAAGGUGGAGUGCGUGGGCGACGACAUCGCUUGGAUGAAAUUCGACAAUCAAGGGAAGCUUAGAGCCAUCAAUCCCGAGAAUGGUUUCUUUGGCGUGGCUCCGGGAACCUCAGACAAGACCAACCCGUACGCCAUGAGCACCAUCGCCAAAAACACAGUGUUUACUAAUGUUGGCGAGACCAGUGAUGGAGGCGUGUGGUGGGAAGGUUUGGACCCCCCUGCUGCUGGCGUCACUUUGACGGACUGGCACGGAAAAGCCUGGAACAAAGGAAGCAGCACUCCUUGCGCCCACCCCAACUCACGCUUCUGUGCUCCGGCCGAUCAGUGCCCCAUCAUCGACCCACUCUGGGAGAGCGAACAGGGCGUUCCCAUCGACGCCAUCAUCUUCGGCGGUCGCAGGCCGCAAGGAGUUCCUUUGGUGUACGAGUCGUUUAACUGGCAGCACGGCGUGUUUGUUGGCGCUGCAAUGAGGUCAGAGGCCACAGCAGCUGCUGAGCACCAAGGCAAGGUGAUCAUGCACGACCCCUUCGCCAUGCGUCCAUUCUUCGGCUACAACUUUGGCGACUACCUCUCUCACUGGCUGAGCAUGGAGAACCGAAAGGCCCCCACUCACCUGCCCAGGAUCUUCCACGUCAACUGGUUCCGGAAGGACCCCGCCAGCGGCGCCUUCCUCUGGCCGGGCUUCGGCGAGAAUGCCCGCGUGCUCGAAUGGAUCUUCAAGCGCUGCGGGCGCGCGCGGGACGAUGAGGCCGCGAAGAAGAGCGCGAUUGGCUGGCUGCCGGUGGACGGCGCCAUCGACACCGAGGGCCUGGGCGGCAGCGUGGACAUGGGCGCCCUGUUCGACGUGCCCAAGCAUUUCUGGCAGAACGAGACCAAGGAGCUGAGGGCGUACUUCAGCCAGCAGGUGGGGGCGGACCUUCCAGACAAGGUGGAGGCGGAGCUUAAGGCUUUGGAGGACAGAGUGCACAACUAAUAGCCUGACAUGACAUUCACUUGGUGCGAUCACAGCCACUGGGGUAACUCACGCACACACACACAGACUCACACACACAAUAUAUAUUAAUAUUAAUACAUACUGUAAAAAUAUGUGUUAAUAUUAAUAGUUAUGUACCGUAUUUUUCGGACUAUAAGUCGCUCCGGAGUAUAAGUCGCAUUUUUGGGGGAAAUUUAUUUGAUAAAACCCAACACCAAGAAUAGACCUUUGAAAGGCAAUUUAAAAUAAAUAAAGAAUAGUGAACAACAGGCUGAAUAAGUGUACGUUAUAUGAGGCAUAAAUAACCAACUGAGAACGUGCCUGGUAUGUUAACGUAACAUAUUAUGAUAAGAGUCAUUCAAAUAACUAUAAUAUAUAGAACAUGCUAUACGUUUACCAAACAAUCUGUCACUCCUAAUCGCUAAAUCCCAUGAAAUCUUAUACGUCUAGUCUCUUACGUGAAUGAGCUAAAUAAUAUUUGAUAUUUUACGGUAAUGUGUUAAUAAUUUCACACAUAAGUCGCUCCUGAGUAUAAGGUCAAACUAUUAAAAAAACUGCGACUUAUAGUCCGAAAAAUACGGUAAUAAUUAAUAGUUGUUGGGGACAAUGCGCAUUAUCAACGUUUUGAUAUUUCAGUGUUUUCAUAUUACAAUACACCUUUUUUUGGUUUUCGAACUACAGUACUGUAACUACAUUUUUACAAUAUCGAGCGGGCCAAUAAAAAAUGGCCAUCAUUUAAACUAAUAAUUACACACACCAAUGAAUUGAUUGAUUGAUUCAUGCGUGUGUACCUAGUGGGGAUCUGUCGAUCAGUAUCGUGCCGUUUUUGUAAAAAAGUAUGUGAAUGCCAUCGCAAAUCCCCUCUUUAGUCCCCUGAUUAAAUGUCUUCAUACACAGUCUGGAGCCUCUCCUCUAAGAUAAUAAUAAUCACCUUCAUGAUGGCAAAUGCAUUGCUUUUCUUAGUAUCUUAAAUUUCAUUACCUAGUAUUAUUAACACUGGAGGACAAGGCUGAACAUGUUACACACAGGAAGCAAAUAAGGAACUAGUUUAAAUAGUGUGUUGAUAUUGUUUAACUGUCAAUAUCACUCACCAUAAAUACAUGGACAAAUGUGCAGUUAAUACAUGUGAUUGGUAUCAGCCAAUCUGACUCGUAGAUGAUCGUUAUCGGAAGCAUAAAACCCCAAUCUGAAUAUCCGUAUAACCAACAACGUUAUUGUAGGAGUUUGUACCCAAAAAAAAAGCACAGCGUUAUCCAAAGUGCGACUUGCGGGUUUUUAUUAUAUGAACAAAAUACUGUAAAAAUGAAGUAACUCACUUUGUCACCUAUAUAAUAUUUUUAAACUAAAUUAAAAAUUUAAAAAUGGACGAUUGCGUUGCAGUGGUUGGCUGACUAGAGCUGUGUGUUUGUGUGUGCGUGUAUGAAAACAGACUUACAGUAGUGGCUGUGGCUCUCACCAUUUCAGGGGCAUAUGGCUAAUAAUCAACAAUGCAAUACCUACCUUGUGUACUUGAUGGUGUACUUGAUAGUGUACUUGAUAGUAAUUGCGAUGUCGGUGCAGGAUGUUAGCGAAUGACAUUCAGAUGCUGCAGGCCGCACCGACGAUGCUAAUGUUUACACGCUGGAGCCAAAAGAGCAUCUUGUUUUCUAUAGCUACUCUUUUAUCACGUAAUUAUUUUUAACGCCAACGUUUGGGUUCAAAUAUUGUUCAUCCAUCACAGUGGAGGCGUACAUCACCUUGCGUUAUUUGAUUUUUUUUCCAUCUUUAAGUAAUUUCAGGUAAUAUUUCUGUGCAAAAAUGUGAAAUGUUGGACCAAUAACAAUUUUUUCAGGUUUUUUUUUUUUUUACAGUGCAAUGAAUGAAUAACUUAAGUGCCUCUUUAUAGCUCAUUUUUUCCUGAUCAUGCAAAAGAAAUGAGUCAUAUAAUAAAAAAAAUCAUUUUUA